AUGAAAGCAACAAUGCAAUCUUUGAAGGCUCGGGGUGCCGAUGGCUUUGUGUUCGGCAUUCUGAAUGAAUCUGAACCGGGAGAAUGUGACCCGUCACAUGGCUGGAUUGAUGUUUCCCGGAAUAAGCAGCUUGUACAGUUAGCCGAUGGCCUGCCUUGUACAUUUCAUCGUGCAUUCGAUCUUAUACCCGAAUCUGAAUGGAACUUCGCUCUGUCGGACAUCAUGGACUGUGGAUUCACAUCGAUUUUGACCAGCGGUGGGCCAUCGGGUACCCAGGCGACGGAUUGCGUCCACAAGCUCGCAAUUCUGGUGGAUUGGAAUAAUAAGCAAAUCGCAAGGGCAGGAAAAAUUCUAAAGAAGAAAGUCCCGGAAAUCAUUGUUGGAGGUGGUGUGAGAGCAACGAACAUAGCCCAGCUUCGUAGGAUCACCGCUGCCUCGGUUUUCCAUUCGGCCGCUCUACGUGUCUCAAGUGAGACUGUCUGUACAAGCGAGGUGUCUAGCAUGAAGGAGCAACUACAUCGAUCGUUGGCCUGCACGUAA